AUGUACAUACGCAGCAAUCUUGGCAAAGAAAAGCAUCGCCAAGCGAACCACAGCAAGAAGUCAAAACUCAAAGCGCAAGGGUGGAGGAAAGAAAGAAGAUACAGAAGAAAGAAAAAGUUUUCCCUACCAAGCCUACUUACUGUCCACCACCCUGAUCCUCCUUACCAACAUCCCGGCGCCGGCCUCAUGAUCAACAUAAGCCGUACUGCACCAAGAUUGAAGCUUUAA